UACCACCUCUAGUUUCUGUUGGAGCCUUAUCAGCUGUAUUUAGUAAACACACAUUUUGCACGAUUCGAAGCAGACACGGAAGGCAAUUACAAAUAACUAAUUGACGUGAGUCUGGAGAACAGCGUGAUGGACAAUCAACUGAAAAAAGUGACGCACUGCAUCUUUGACAUGGAUGGCCUGCUUCUUGACACGGAGCGCCUCUACUCGGAGGCCAUGCAAAUGAUCCUUGAUAAGUAUGGCAAAACAUUCACGUUUGAAGUCAAGGAACAGAUCAUGGGCCUGCAGACCAAAGCAGCGGCUGAGUUUAUGGUCCAGCACUAUGACCUGCCCAUUCCCUGGGAGGAGUGGGCCAAGCAGCAGCAGGCUAAUACCGAAAAACUUAUGCUGCACUCCCAAUUGAUGCCAGGUGCUGAGCGCCUACUCCGUCACCUCCAUGCCACCAAAACGCCAUUUGCUUUGGCCACCAGCUCCGGCCUCCACAUGAUGGAACUGAAGACCACCGAUCACCGGGAGCUGUUCGGUCUAUUUAAUCAUAAGGUGUGCGGCUCCAGCGAUAAGGAGGUAGCCAAUGGCAAGCCUGCCCCUGAUAUCUUUCUGGUGGCUGCUGCCAGGUUUAAAGUGCCUCCUGCUGCCGCAGACUGUCUGGUUUUUGAGGACUCGCCCAACGGUGUAACCGCUGGCAUUAGUGCGGGCAUGCAGGUGGUCAUGGUUCCCGAUCCACGGAUGCCUCAAGAAAAGUGUUCCCACGCCACACAGGUGUUGAGCACCCUCGAAGACUUCAAGCCGGAGCAAUUCGGACUGCCUCCUUUCAAGGAAUAAGUUGGUCGUUGUCCUUUUUGUAGUCGGGCUAUGCUAAUAAUGGAAAGUUGUGCAUCUUUCCAGCGAUGGAUUUUAAUCUGUCAUUCAACAUGUACCUAAAUACACACCCGUAUUAGUAAAAAUA